GUUUCUCACACACUUCAAAGCCCGAAAUCUACGCAUAGUAUACGGAAUCUCAUCGGAAAGUUUCCGAAGCUGCGAUUAUGGCGACACCUGCGCCUGCGUCAUUUAGCCAUCCCUCGAAGCUACAGCGGGUAUUGGCAUGCGUACUCUGUCAACAACGUAAAGUCAAGUGCGAUCGGAAGUUCCCCUGCGAGAACUGCGUCAAAACGCACGUCCAAUGUAUUCCUGCAACAUUGACCCCACGUCGACAAAGACGCGUGUUACCUGAACGAGAACUGCUACAUCGUCUCCACCGAUACGAAGACUUACUCCGUCAGAACAACAUUGAUCUCGAAUCGCUACCUACUGAUACAACUGCUGAAAAUGAGUCUUCCCAAGCGACUACAGGCCAUCACCCAGCUCAUCCAGAUAUGGCAUCUCCUCCCUCUUCGAUGGCCACGUCUGAGCCGGACUACGAAGCCAAGAGUAUUUGGCAAGCCAUGAGUGAAGGCAUCGAUGACAGUAGUAGUUCUUCUCAUGAAGGCGUUCGCACACAGGAAUUUAUGGUCAGGAGAGCUUGGGAUCAGUUCAGCCACGACGAUGACCGCCUAUUCUUUGGUUCACGCAAAGCCGCUGUCGAUCUCGUUACGCUUCAUCCUAGUCCUGCUCAAAUUUUCCGACUCUGGCAGGUGUAUCUUGACAACGUCAACCCACUUCUAAAAGUUACGCAUAUUCCCACAUUACAGCCACGUGUCGUCAGUGCCACCGGUAACCUCACGAUCAUAGACGCAAAUCUUGAGGCGCUCAUGUUUAGUAUCUACUGCCUUGCGGUCCUCAGCCUCGAUGCAGGUGACUGUCAGGCUAUGUUUGGCUCGUCACAAGAACAUCUCCUGACAACAUAUUCCUUCGGCUGUCAGCAAGCCCUUUCAAAUGCGAACUUCCUGCGGACUGACGACCUCGACUGCUUGACCGCGUUAUACCUCUAUCUCGUCUCGGUGCGGUCUAGCACGGUCCCUCGUUCGCUUUCCUCCAUGCUCGGCGUCGCAAUCCGUAUCGCACAACGUAUGGGCAUCGAAAACGAAACCCGUCUGUCCAAACACAGCAUCUUCGAGGCCGAAAUGCGACGUCGGUUGUGGUGGUCGCUCACAAUUUUCGACACGCGCACGGCCGAGAAGGCCGAUGGACAUGUUGCGACAUUGACCCCUAUCUGGGAUUGCAAUGUACCGCUCAAUGUAAACGACUCUGAUCUCUGGCCUGAGAUGAAGGAGCCGCCGGUACAGAGUAAAUCCACCGACGCUCUAUUUGCUGUAGUAUGCAGUGAACUUGCUGAUUUUGUUCGUCAUGCUGCGUUUCACCUUGACUUCGCUGCGCCGGCUCUGAAAGUUCUGGCCAAGGACACCGAGCUAGGCAUGGUAGAGGCGACCAUGGAAAACAAAUAUCUGAAGUUCUGUAGCCAAAGUAAUCCGCUACAUUAUAUGACCAUUUGGACAGCACGGUCUUUCCUCGCCAAAUUCGGGCUUCUGAAACAUCUGUCUUCGUACUUCAACUCUCCGGGUCACAAAGGGCUGGGAGGAGACGCAGAACGUAACAUAGCGCUAUCUCACGCACUGGACGCCCUAGAGUGUGACACCAAGAUCAUGAUCUCACCGCUUAUGAAAGGCUUUCACUGGUUCAUGGGUAAUCAUUUCCCUGGCCUAUCAUAUGUUCAUCUCGCGUAUGAUUUGAGAAGACGACCGGCGAACGAGUUGUCGGAACGUGCUUGGGAGGCUAUGAGCGAUAACCAUGAUGCCCGCUUCAUGCCACUGACGACUGAUAGCCCCUUCUUCAAAAUCUUCGCCAAACUUAUCCUACAGGCUUGGGAUGCGAGGGAGGCGGUACUUAGACAAUCUGGACGGGAGUUGGUACUGCCAAGGGUCGUGGUAUCCAUAAGGCAAACCAUGGGAUCAUCGUCGUCGAGUAUCGGAUUGCAACCGUCCCCAGGAGAUUCUGCAGUGGAGUUGACCGACUCGCAGAUGAUGAAUCCGACGGGUUUCGGCGAUCCAAAUAUGAUCAACUUCGGACUACCGUGGGCCGAUUUAUAUUCUAAUAUGUCAAGCGAUGCUUUGCUGGGUUUUGACAUGUGCCAGCCCGAAUUAAAUAUGAUGAGCUGGCAGUAGCUAUUGGAAUAACUCUGCCAUUAUAUAGUACACUAUGGACGCACACAUCAUUUACCACGUGUUGUCACUUUCACGAACUGUAGAGUUUAGUUACAUGUGUUAUGAUGACAGGUUUGGGGGACAUAGAGACGUAGUUAUGGGGUUUCAACGUAACACAGUAGAGUAAAAUCUUUAUUUGAAUAGGGUAUUACAG